AUGGAUGACGAUGACGACAAGUUGGUCUCGGAUGAGGUGCAUCUGCGGCAGCUAAGCUCGACGCCGUCUUCGGCGCUGCAGCAGCGCCGCCAGAGCAACAGCGUAACACACUCCGCGCCCCCGGAACUAACGCAGCGCGCCCAAGCACUACAGGAGCCGGAAACUGAGCCGGAGCAGGGCGUGGUGCUGCGACGUGCAGUCGACAAGGGGGCGAUUACCUUGGCACAAAUAGACGAUCUAAGGCUGGAAAGCGAUGACGAUGACGUGAACGACGACAACAUGAACAGCGGACCCGGUCUGAGCAAUCCCGCAGCGCAGACCACAAAUGAUGAGCAGAUUACAGCCACAUCAAUGGCAGCUAUAGCCACAAUUACAACCACAACAACUUUAACUGCAACAACAACAACAAUAGCAACAGCAGCAGCAACAAGCGAAGCAGUGGCUACGCCCGAGGAAGCAGCCACAAGCAUGACGUGCACCCCAACUCUGGAUAUGUCGAAAAUACCACGCCUGCCCGGCGACGGCGCCCAGAUGGACGACAGCGGCGAUCUGCCCCAUUCGCUGCGUGCCUCCACAGCAUCAAUUCUGUCCAAUUUGCGCAAGAAACAGCAGGCCAUGCUCGGCGUCAACCUGGCCAUUGACCGACCCGAGGGCGCUGGCACGGCCAAGCCAACGCCGCGGCGUGUGCAAUCCGUGCGCAUCGUGGAGGCUAAAUCUGGCUAUGGACCCAAGCGACGCACCGAAAGCUGCAGCAUAUUUGGCAACAGCCAUUUUGAUUAUGAACUGGAAUCGGGUGAAUCCAUAGCCAGCAUUGCUGGACCCCAACGUCCGCUGACUAAUGAAACGUAUUCGGCCUUUAAAAGCGGCAACGUGGUCAAGGGCAUACUUUGCCCCUCGCUGACGAACUCCUUCAAGCAGAGCUCGCUGGAGAGAAGCUAUCUGACCUACACGCACAGACAACGCCAGAAAUCCCUCAUAAUCGUCAAUGUGGUGGACUUUGUGCUAAAGAUUGUAAUGGCGCUCAUUUGGAUGCUGCAGCCCAGGGAGGAGCGCUUGGAGACUUCCAUCCAGAGCUCGGACGAGGCGAGCACAGCGACUGCGAUAACCUGGUCGGUUUGCUGUGGGAUUGCCAACUUGGCCAUUUGCUUUCUGGGCUAUUGGCGCUGCUUUGCCAACAAUUAUUUGCACUGGGCGGCCGUCUGCACGUGGGUGCUCUUCAAUAUACAAGGAUUCAUCAGCGAAGGCGUUGGCUUUGAGAAUCGUGAGUACCUGGUCUGGUACAUUCUGUUUGUCAUAUUUGUGCCCUACGCCAUGUUGCCGUUGCCCCUCAAAUGGUGCGUCGUCGGCGGCACAAUCACAGCCAGCUGCCACCUGGCCGUAAUCACAAUCAACAAAUUGCAGGACAAGGAGACGCCAUUGGAUCACAACUGCGUUCUGUUUCAAAUCAUUGCCAAUUUCAUUCUGUACACGGCCAUUAAUGUGGCCGGCAUGUACACGAAGUAUCUGACAGAUCGUGGACAGCGUUUGGCCUUCAUUGAGACCCACAAGGCAAUGGAGCACAAAAAGGAGUCCGAAAAGGAGCUGCAACGCACUCAGAAAUUGCUUGAUUCAAUUUUGCCCAACAUUGUGAAUAAUCAAAUACGCAGCGAAAUGUACAAGGGCACGGAUCCAACAGUUGAGACGCAGUUCAACAAGUUGUACGUGUAUCCCAUGGACAACGUGAGCAUCCUGUUUGCGGACAUUAAGGGCUUCACGGAGCUGGCGAGCAAAACAUCGGCUCAGCAAUUGGUGAAAAUCUUAAACGACCUUUUCGCCCGUUUCGAUCGCAUUGCUGAGGACAAUCAUUGCCUGCGCGUGAAGCUGCUCGGUGAUUGCUAUUACUGCGUGUCGCAGUUCGAAAGUGACAAUUGGAAGACGCGACCGGAUCAUGCGGUGUGUAGCGUCGAAACUGGGCUACACAUGAUAAAGGCCAUCAAGGAUGUCCGCCUGCAUACGCACGUUGACCUCAACAUGCGCAUCGGCAUACACAGCGGCUCGGUGAUGUGCGGAGUACUCGGCAACAAGAAAUGGCAUUUUGACGUUUGGUCCAAUGAUGUUAUCAUUGCAAAUCAUAUGGAAUCUGGUGGGAUACCUGGGCGUGUUCACAUCUCGGAGGCGACACUCAACUGCCUGAACGAUGCCUACGAGGUGGAGCCGGGCAACGGCGGCAGUCGGGAUAAUCAUCUCAACAAGCUGAACGUGACCACCUAUCUUAUCAAGCGAACGGAGCCCUUGCGACCCAAGCGACGCUUUGGCACCCGCAGCAGCGCCCAUCUGAGCAGCAGCCUUGGCCCCGCCGCCGUUGGCACGCCCAUAACUAGUGCGCUGCCCAAGUCGAUCUCGGCCAGCGGCAGCGGCAACGACUGCAGCAUGGGCAGCACCACAGCUGUGGGCAUCGGCGACGGUGGCAGCAUCGAUGGACGAAGUCUGGAGUGUGCCGUGGCCAUGGCUGUGCAGCAGCCGUCCCAACUGCUGCAGCAGCAGCAGAAGAAGAACAUCUCGCUCAAUUCGCUGCCCAAUGUGGUCGAGGGCGUGCCCCUCGAUAAUCGCCGGCUGCGCAACGGCAUUGCCGCCGCCAUUGCAGGCAAUGCGAAUGCAGGUGGCGCAGGUGCACCAGCCGGCCUGUCCACCGUAUCCUCGCCCACGGCCAUUAUGUCCGCACCACUCGAACAGCAGCUAAAGCCGCGCAAUGGCGCCAGCAUACAAAACCUGACGGAGGCAAUCAGUGCCAAGGGUCUGGUCAUCGAGGACGAGAGCACGACCGAGUGGAUACCCGAGAUACCAUUCAGAAAUUUGAACAGUCCGGAGGAAGCUUUAAAUCGUGCAGAUUCCAUACUGGUGGAUCCCAAACUGGAUCAUCGCGUAUCGGUUACCGCACUGGACGAAGAGAUUGACGAAUUCAUCGAACAGAAUAUACAAAUCAAUUCGAAUAAGGAAAUACGACGCGAGUAUUUAAAUGCCUGGACACUGAAAUUCAUCGACAAGAGCCAGGAGCAGAAAUUCUGUCAGCUGCGCGAGGAUAUGUUCCGCUCCAACAUGUUGUGUGUAUUUGUCAUUUGGAUAUUUAUGGUGCUCUGCCAGGUCAUCAUUAUACCACGCUGCACCACCGUCAUCACAUGCCUGGCUGUGGGCACUGUUGUGCUCACCUUCUGUUGUGUCCUGGUAAUGGCCGAGGAGUUUCCAGGCCUGCCCAGCUGCCUGAAAAUCAAUUCCGCCAAGCUGGUCCAUCAGCGUCGACGCCGCACGCUUUUCAUUUGUGGGGUCAUCGUCUCCAUGUGCUUGCUCAGCGCAAUUGGCUUGGUGCUCUGCCCAUCCUCCAGCUACAAUGGUACCAAUGACUUCCAGUUCGCGAGCAGCUCCAACGUUUCGGUCGCCGCCUUGGACAUGGACGCGACUGUCUCCAUCUCGCAAACGAUACAGCACAACUUCACGAUACGCACCCCAGCGAGUGGCGGCACCUCGGCCAUAUCAUUGGUAUCCUUGGUCAAUGAGAGUCUCAUCAAUGCGUCCGAUGAGCUAGUUCGUCAAACACUUGCCAAUGCGCUCACCUUUUCCAAUGCGAGCACACCGCUGGAGUCCUUUGAGCAGUCGCAUCGACCUUACGCAUUGACCAGAAAUAGCAGGAGCUCGUUCGGGUCCAGCUUGGACGACAACCUGGGCUGUGUGCAUCGCGAGUAUAUUGUCUUCACCUGGGUGCUGUGCCUCGUCUCCCUGGCCACAGCCCUGAAGCUCUACUACCUGAUUAAGGCUAUCAUGGCCCUGGCAAUGGUCGCAUUCUACACCACGCUGAUCUUCAUCCGGUUCAGCACGGAAGAGAGCUUCAGCUUGGUCAACCUGAGGAAGAACGGCAUGCCCCUGGGCGUCCAAAUGCUGAUACUGCUCAUCACCUUUCUAAUCAUGGUGUGCUAUCAUGCUAGACUCGUGGAGGUCACCUCGCGCCUGGACUUCAUUUGGAAGGAGCAAGCGGAGCGGGAACUGACCAACAUGAAAUCGAAUCGUGCGCUUAAUGACACAUUAAUUAAGAACAUUCUGCCGGACCACGUGGCGGCCUAUUACCUGUCCGACGAGCACACGGACGAGCUCUAUUCCAAAAUGCACAAUCUGUGCGGCGUUAUGUUCGCCUCGAUACCCAACUUCCAGGACUUUUACUCGGAGGACAUCGACAAUGGCAAGGCGUGUAUUCGCAUCCUGAAUGAGAUUAUCUGCGACUUUGAUGAAUUGCUAGAGGAGCCGCGCUUUGCAUCCGUCGAGAAAAUAAAAACCGUGGGUGCCACCUAUAUGGCUGCCGCUGGACUCAAUCACGAGCAUUUGCGCGUGCGGGGGGAAACGUCUGAGGAUAGCGUCUGUGACCUGGUGGAGUUUGCGUUUGCCAUGAAGAAGAAGCUGGAGGAGAUCAACGGGGAUGCGUUCAACAAUUUCCAGCUGCGCGUUGGCAUCUGCAGUGGACCCCUCGUCAGCGGUGUGAUCGGCGCUCGCAAGCCUGUCUACGAUAUAUGGGGCAACACGGUGAACGUGGCCUCGCGCAUGGACUCCACGGGCGAGAACUGGCGGGUCCAGGUGCCGGACAAUACGGCGGAGUUGCUCUGCUCGCGCGGCUAUACGUGUGUGAAACGAGGCGAGGUCAAUGUGAAGGGCAAGGGCAUGAUGACCACCUUCUAUGUGCAUCCGAAGGGCAUUUCCGACAGCCAGCUAAUCUCGCCAGUGCGUCAGCCGGCGGGCAUACCACUCGCCCAGACGCCCAAUCUACAGCGACAGACCUCCCACCACGGCUCCUUCAGUGCCGUCGUCUUUGGCAUGAUGCAGGCCACCAAGCGCAGCACCGCGAUACCAGGCACACCCACCGGCACGCCCUCGCCACAAAUUCGCCGUGGACACCGGGGCAGCACCUUCAGCUCCGUGCGUCUCUCCCAGAAGUCGACCACGAUCAAUCCCGUGCGGCGGAAUACGACACGCGUGCGAGCACGUUCCUAUCGCCAGAAGAAGAGCUCCUCCAACAAUUCGAUUGUCACACAGGCCAGCUCCACGUACAUGCCCUCGUUUCGGCGCAUCGAUCAGAUCGAGACAACCAUAUCCAAGAGCCACAACGAUGCUUUAUAGCCUACCACGCGCACCAAUUGGGUCUAAGUCGGGCCCCCGGCAUGUGGAUCGUCCAUGGGACAAGUCAGUUGCCAAAAAUAGCUGUAGAAUUUAUUUUUAGAAGAUUUUAAGCAGUGCUUCAAAUGAAUAACCUAGCUAAAGGAACCGGCUUCCAAAUAGAUCAAACAUCCAUUUAUUUGUUGUCUAGGAAAGUCGACAGAAAUCCAUUUUUGUAUUAUAUUCAUGUAUUCGAUAAUUGUAUUGCAUCAUCUCAGCACAGUUCUAGUCGUUUCAUAAGCAUAUAUAUAUAUACACAAAAGUAUAUAUUUAUAUGUACAAAUAGAGAUCGUUCAUUUUUCAACUAAGCGAAUUUUCAGAAAAAAUAAAUGUAGAGUUCCAGAAUCAACGAUCUUUUCAAAUAAUGCGUAGUUAAAACUCCACAGUUUUCCAAAAAAUUUGAUCUAAUUCAAUAACAAUUUGCCAAUAACUUAUUCGUUUUAUGGUAGUUUUGAUUAAGAUGUGCAUUAAUUAAAUAAAUUUCAAUUUAGCUUAAUACUUUUAGCAUAAUUGAAAGCAUUUUUAACGAUGAUAAGUCCAAGAUGAACAAAUUUUGAAAUUGCUGUACAAAUAUCUUCAACAUAUUUCAUUAGAUCAAUGUUUGUAAAUACGUAAAUUUAAAAUAUAUUAAAGAAAAUCCACAUUUUUAGUGAUUUUAUGUGUAAAACGCCAAAAAAAAAUGUAUAGCUAAGCGAUCCAAAGCACAAAACUUAAUAAACUAAACAAAAA